ACAUGUACGAUCCGUCAACGCAUUCCUGCUCGACGACGCCGUUGCCGCUCGAAAUCGUCGUCGUCGUCGUCGUCGCCGGCGACGAAAAGGACGACGACGGUCUAGCCGCGACCUUGCCCGCGAAACAUCGAUCUGACAUGUCGCGGAUUAGAGCGGAACGCCGGCGUCCUAGAGACCGGUUCUACCAACGUCGACCUACUAGCAACGUAGUUUAACCCUUUACGGAACAACGGUUAUAUACUGUACAAGAUUUAUUCCAUAGUACGUACAAGAAAUUAUUAUUUUACAAAUAUAUGAACGGGGUGUGUAAUCUUAUAUAUUUUGUUCUCCGAUUGGAUCCAUGUUCAUUGGCACGAGUCACUUCGAAUUUAAGAACAAAGGUUGUUUAAAAUUAUUUCAUGUUUCAUUCAAUAAUAUAUUUUAUUUGAUUUUACGAAAAAUAUCUCGAUUGGCGAACGCAUAUAAUCACGUGUAUCCGUAGUUGAAUAAUAAAUAGUAUUGAAUGUAACACAAUGUUAAAUAAGAUGUAAUAAUAGCAUUCGUGAGUGAUCGAAUUUGGUAGAAUCGAUCCUAGACCGCGUCGAGAUCGCGAGUGUAAAGAUUGGUGUUUCAUUCUAAGCCGCUAAAAGUGAAGGGGAUGACAGUCCCUUUAAGAUUGGUUGAAUCACAUAAACUAUUUCAACUGUAGGAGUGACAUAAAGUGAAGGAGCGAUUGCUUCAUUCUCUACGAAACAAUCGGUGUCGAGUUGAUCCGCGGCAUCGAUAACGCUUAUCCAGAAGCUUGUUGUGAAACUUCGCGAGGGUGGUUAGAAACGUGGAGAAUCCGCCGUGGAGACGCCUGCGCUUUUCAACCCCUUACCGAUGUCCUUGGACGCGGUUGCCACGGUAGACUCGGAGUAGCGUCCAGACGCGCUUUUAAAUUCUUCACGUCUCCGAGAUUGAUAGAUGGAAAGUGGCGGAUGAAUAACGAAUGUAGUUUAAAUCACCAUGGAAAGCGAUAACUGGCCAACUUGAAUGACAAUGGAUGAACAUAGUUGAGCUUGGAAUGACGUUUAAGUGUGACGUACUUUUAUAUACCAUAUAAAGAUCUAAUAGAUUUAAAACGAGAGGUGCUUGAAUCGCCAUCAUGGCGAGAAACAAUUGUGGAAACCGACGAACUUGUCGCUGGAGCUUCGUAAAUAGACACUUAACAUGAUAUUACGACUUCCGGUCUGGGAUGGAAGUCAGUGAGCCUCCGGACAAGGAGGUGAACCACCCAAUAUUAAUUAAUUUCUCUUCGAGCGUCGAGGACGUUUCUCAAGCAGAGACUGGCGAAUCAAGCAACGUGAUUCUAAUCGCCUUCAAAGGCCUCAUAAUGAUCAGCAUCAUCGUCACCGCUUUAUUAGGAAACGCGUUAGUGAUCGCGAGCGUCAGGAGACACCGGAAGUUACGAGUGCCCACGAAUCGCUACGUAGUGUCCUUGGCAAUGGCGGAUCUUCUAGUGGCAAUAUGCGCUAUGACAUUCAACGCCUCGGUCGAGCUUUCCGGGGGCACGUGGUUGCUAGGGAGCAUUAUGUGCGACGUAUGGAAUUCGAUGGAUGUGUAUUUCAGCACCGCCAGCAUCCUUCAUCUUUGUUGCAUUAGCGUGGAUAGAUAUUACGCGAUAGUCAGACCGCUCGAGUAUCCGGCCAUUAUGAGAACUGUGACAGUUACUGCUAUGCUAAGCAGCGCCUGGACAUUACCGGCCCUUAUCAGCUUCAUACCCAUAUUCAUGGGCUGGUAUACCACGCAGCAGCAUUUGGAUUUUCGCCGGAAAAAUCCGCAGAUCUGCGUGUUCGUGGUGAACCUUCCAUACGCGGUGAUCAGUUCCUGCGUGUCCUUCUGGAUCCCGGGUAUCGUGAUGAUCUGCAUGUACUGCAAGAUCUACAAAGAGGCGGUGAGGCAAAGAGCGGCCCUCAGUAGGGCAUCCAGCAGCACGGUGUUGAACAGCGUUCACGUGCGCCGGUCCUCCGGCGGCUCCAGACACCACUCCAGGACGUCGCAUCAGCUGCUGCUGCAUCCGAGCGAUGCGAGCGAUUACGGAAGACCGCUCUCUUAUAGGGCAUCGGCGGCGGAGCUCAACAUCGAGAACGGUACUUCGAUACGACAGCAAACAAGAAGUUGGCGAGCCGAACACAAAGCCGCGAGAACACUCGGUAUAAUUAUGGGGGCGUUUCUUCUCUGUUGGCUGCCGUUCUUCAUCUGGUAUCUAACGACGUCGCUGUGUGGCGAGGCCUGCUACUGCCCGAACACGGUGGUGUCGGUGCUCUUUUGGAUAGGUUACUUCAAUAGCGCCCUAAAUCCGCUCAUCUACGCGUAUUUCAACCGCGACUUUCGCGACGCCUUCAAGGACACGCUGAAGAGCGCUCUGCCCUGUUGCGCCAAUUGUUGGAAGACACCCUCGCAAUUCGUGUAGCGCGACGAGACUUGAAGAAAUCAAUUUCUGAAAGGCGGAAUGAUUUCGCGCAAAGACAGCGACACCAGAAGUUAAGCGGAACAAUGGAUAAACGCGUGCAAGGUAUGCACGAGAUUACACAAGGGGAUUUGUUAAUCUAUGCUUACUCUGUAAAUACGUCGAGAUGCCCGGCUAGCGCUAAUUAGAUGUAAUUAUUAGCGCACCGGCACACGCAAGGCUGUAAUAUGUGUAAUGCGAGAUACUUAACGCAGUUAGUAACAAGACCGCAUGUGUGUGUGUAAUAUUACCGUAAUCACGAAACAAUAACGCCACGAUGGAUCACUACACAGAAUUUAUAAAGAGACGUCCAUCUUGCGCGCCAUAUUGCCUGUAUAAAUGUACCAUAUAGCAAUAAAACUGAAAGACAGAUUGUAAAUAUAUAAUAAAAGCGUUUUAGAGAUACGUGUGCAUGUUUGUGGGGUAUAUGUAUGGGUGAGUGAGUUAGGUGUAUGUGUGUAUUCGUGCUCAUUGUUUUUGUAAGUAUAAUAGAUAUAAUGGAUAAUAUUAUACACACAUAUUGGCGUCGAAAUUUUAUGUGUUGCUUAUGUGUACAACAAUAGAGAACUCGAGUCAAGAACAUACUACGACGACAUAAUUAAAUGAGCAUCUCAUUGUUCGAAUAUAUAUAUCAUUAUUUCUUUAGAUCGCAUAACGUAGAGUCUCACAUUUUUAUUUCAAUCAAAAAGGAUAAGUGAUAUUUUAAUA